CCCCCACCCUCCUCCAAGGUCCAAAUCGUGAUAGCAACAAAGUCUUUCUACUCCUCCCCACCAUUUCAGCUCAGCUUUCCUCCCGGAGCUCCUCUCAUCUCCAUCGUCAUCGAUGGGGCCUAAGCAAGAUCGGUCCAUGGCCAACGGCACGGCGGCGAGGAAGGAGACCAAGGUGGUGCACUACAGGGAGUGCCAGCGCAACCACGCGGCGACCAUCGGCGGGCACGCCGUGGAUGGGUGCCGCGAGUUCAUGGCGUCGGGCGCGGAGGGCACGGCCGCGGCGCUCGUGUGCGCGGCCUGCGGGUGCCACCGCAGCUUCCACAGGCGCGAGGUGGAGGCCGAGUGCGACUGCUCCUCCACCACCUCCCGCUGAACCAGUGCCUGCUUUGCGCAUGUGAGCCGACGGGUGAGACCAUUGGGGCACUGAAAUGGUUUGGUAGGUGCAUCCAGCCAUAUUUGCAUGGACCCAUAUUUAUUUUGUACCUUUUUCCUCUUGGUCUUGGAUAUAUUCUCACUGAAAUUUAUGUGUGAUGUAAUAUAUGUGUCGAUCGUUCGUACGUA